CUGUUCAGAUAAAAGAAUUUGGUGCAGUAAAUAAAAUUGACUUCUCCCCGGUUCCUCCAUAUAACUACGCAGUCACAGCCUCCUCAAGGAUCCACAUUUACGGUCGUUACUCUCAGGAACCAAUCAAAACAUUUUCACGCUUCAGAGAUGCUGCUUAUUGUGCCACAUACAGAGAUGAUGGCAAUCUGCUUGUCGCUGGCAGCGAGGAAGGUAGCAUUCGCCUCUUUGACAUCAGUGGAAGGGCACCACUGAGGCAAUUUGAUGGUCAUGCUAAACCUGUUCAUGUAGUGGGCUUCCUGUCUGAUAAAUACCGAAUAUUUUCUGGUGGUGAUGAUUAUUCAUCAAAUUUGUGGGAUAUUCCAAGUGCUACAGAAAUCGUCUCUUACAGUGAACAUACCGACUAUGUGAGAUGCGGCUGUGCAAGUAAAGUAAAUGCAGAUGUCUUUAUAACAGGUUCUUAUGAUCACACUGUGAAGCUAUUUGAUGCACGAACAAAAAGUAGUGUAAUGACAAUAGAACAUGGCCAGCCUGUGGAGAGUGUGCUCCUCUUCCCAUCUGGUGGGCUUCUAGUAUCUGCAGGAGGUCGAUAUGUCAAAGUCUGGGAUGUACUGAAAGGUGGGCAGUUACUAGUUUCACUUAAAAACCACCAUAAAACUGUAACGUGUUUAUGCCUGAACAGCUCUGGGCAGAGGUUACUGUCAGGAUCCCUAGACAGGCAUGUGAAGAUUUACAGUACUACUUCCUACAAAGUAGUCCACAGCUUUAACUAUGCUACAUCCAUCCUUAGUCUUGCAUUGUCGCCUGAAGAUGAAACCAUAGUUGUAGGCAUGACCAAUGGGGUGCUAAACGUUAAACACAGAAAACCUGAAGAAAGGAAAGAAAAGUCUGAAAAGAAGAGACAACCAGCAUAUAGAACCUAUGUGAAAGGAAGAACUUACAUCCCAAAGCAGGAAGAUUUCUGUGUCAGUAAACCUGUAAAACGUGUUUUGAGGAAAUAUGACAAGCUGCUGAAGAGCUUUCAUUCUUCCAAGGCCCUUGAUGCAGUACUGGAGCCACCCAUCAGGCUUUAUACUCCUGAAGUUACAGUUGCAGUCAUGCAGGAACUACAUCGCAGAGGAACACUGCGGAGUGCGCUUGCAGGCCGAGACGAGAAGCAAAUUAAUCUCCUUCUGACCUUUGUGGCAAGGCGAGUGAUUGAGCCUAGAUUUACUCCUAUACUGGUGACUGUUGCAGACAUGAUCACAGACAUUUAUCAGCCUGUAGUUGGGCAGUCAGCAAUUGUUGAUAGACAGUUCCUGAAACUUCAGGAAGCCAUAGGAAAAGAGAUUGACUAUCAAGAAGAACUACUGGAAGUUUUGGGAAUGAUGGAUACACUGUUUGCUACUUUUACUAAGAAGACAGCUACUUACCUGGAAGAGAACAAAAGUAAUGGUCUUACAGAAACAAUUAAACCAAAUACAAAUAGCUGAUUGACAACCAUGAC